AUGAGGUUCUUUACAAUCGAAAACCCUCCGGGUGUGCCACACAUUGCACUUAAGUUGCUUAGACUAGUCGGAGUGUCUGAGGCGAAAACCGAAAGGUGCCGAUGCGUACCGAUAUUUCUUGUAUUCAUAGCCAUCAUAGCAGUGCCAAAGAUUGCUCUUGGGUAUCCGAACUUUGAAACGUCGAUCAUCGGACUGGCGGAGCUGUUCUUUCAAACUAAUCGAUUUGUUGGUGUGUUACUGUUAGUGCUGUACAACAACACGCUUUUCUCACUCGUCCGGCAAUCUGAAUCCUUUACGAAAAAUGUGCUGAAAGAAUCGUCCCCCGCUGCUCAAUAUCUCACAAAGACGGAUGCGCAAAUCACCAAGAUCACAAGGCUCUACCUCACUGCUCUCCUAGUUCCAGCUAAUUUUUACAGCUAUUCACCAAUUAUAUCUACACUGUGGAACUACUACAAUGCUCACCAAAACAACACUACCGCUCCGGCAUUUAUUUUGCACAUGGAAGAAAAUUUCUACGGCCUUAACAUCAGAGAAACGUUUAAUCAUUAUCUCAUUUUUGGUGCUAUCAUGGUACCGACCUCGUUUCUGUGCGCUUUUGUCGGAACUGCAAAGCUUGUGUCCAUACUAAGCCUCAUCAAGUACUGUACCAUCUACUUUCAGCUCGUUACACUAAAGCUGCAAGAAAUAACCCAGAAGCAAUCUUGUAGCUCCUGCGAAUUGCACUCCGUUUUACGAAUGCAUCAACAUGCACUCGAGUGUGGCGAUUUGCUGACAACACUGACAGCUCCCAUCAUGCUGCUGCAACUUCUGCUAUGCAUUCUGGUGUGGAGUUCUAUGUUGCUGUAUUUCACAGUGUCGGGUUUUAACACACAAUUCAUUAAUCUAUUCGUGUUGUUCUUGUUUGAUACGACGGAAACCUUUGGUUAUUGCUAUCUGGGCAAUCAACUCUCGGAUGAGAGUGCCCAUAUUGCCCGUGCCGUGUACGAAUGCAAAUGGGAAACUUUAUCGUCAAAGACCCAAAAGGAUCUUCAGCUUGCACUUGCUCGUGCCCAACGACCCGUUGGAAUCACUGCCGGGAAAUUUUGCUUCAUGAAUAUGGAGCAGUUUGCACAAGUUGUUAAAACAACGUACUCGUUCUUCAUCGUUCUAAAGGAUCUUUUUUAA